AUGAAGUUUGGCCACCACCUGAAAACUUCGCUAUAUCCAGAGUGGACUUUCCAGUAUCUUGCGUAUGAUGAUCUAAAACGUGAACUUAAAGAUCGCACACGUAACAAAAGGAGUUGGACUGAGGAGGAUGAAGUGAGUUUUGUGGAAUUGCUCGAAAAAGAGCUCGACAAAGUUUUCACAUUUCAAACAAUGAAAUCGGGCGAGAUAAAUCGGCGAAUUCAAUAUUCCGAAAAAAAGAUUAGCGAUAUCAUGCAAUCGAAAACCGCGAAUGAAGAUGCCUAUAUCGCGUUAGAGGAAGAGCUAUCUCUGAUUAUCGCUGAUGUGCAUGACCUCGCAAAAUUUACCCGUUUGAAUUAUACAGGUUUUUUAAAGAUUAUAAAGAAACAUGACAAACAAACGAAAUGGGUUCUAAAACCAAUGUAUUUGGCUCGUCUAAAUCAAAAACCAUUCUUUAAAGAAAACUAUGAUGCAUUAAUUGUCAAACUUUCCCGUCUUUAUGACAUUGUUCGAACACGCGGGAAUCCUGUAAAAGGAAACGCUGCGGCUGGUGGAUCACAACAAAAUUUUGUUCGUAACACUCGGAAGUAUUGGGUUCAUCCAGAUAACAUAACUGAGUUGAAACUCUUAAUUUUAAAACAUCUACCCGUACUUGUGUUUAAUGCAAACAAAGAAUUCGAACCUGCUGAUUCGGCAAUCUCUUCAAUUUAUUUCGAUAAUGAAGAUUUUGAAUUAUAUCUUGGUCGUCUGGAAAAGACUGAGGGCGCCGAAGCAAUACGAUUGCGAUGGUAUGGUGAUAUAGAUAAUCGUGAAAUCUUUGUUGAGCGUAAAACACAUCGAGAAGACUGGACUGGGGAGAAAUCGGUAAAAGCGAGAUUUCCAAUCAAAGAAAAAUAUGUCAAUAAAUAUCUUCGUGGAGAGUAUUCAAUGGAUAAAGCUCUGCAAAAACUGAAAAUUAAAAAAGGAAAGGGAGAUAAAGAAAUUGAGAGUUUAUCACGUUUAGCCAAUGAAAUCCAAUACACGACUAUUACCAAAAAAUUAAAGCCAGUUCUUCGUACAUUUUAUAAUCGUACAGCUUUUCAAUUACCUGGUGACGCUCGUGUACGUAUAUCACUCGACACUGAACUUACUAUGAUACGUGAAGAUAAUUUUGAGGGGAAUCCUAAUAAUCGUUCAGGAAAUAAUUGGCGAAGAACUGAUAUUGGAAUCGACUAUCCAUUUGAUCAACUCCCAGAAGGAGAAAUCGUAAGAUUUCCGUAUGCUGUGCUGGAAGUGAAAUUACAAACUCAAACUGGUCAAGAACCACCACAAUGGGUUCAAGAGCUUAAGGAUAGUCAUUUGGUUGAAGAAGUCCACAAGUUUUCAAAGUUUAUUCAUGGCGUAGCCACUUUAAUGGAAAAUAAUAUUCAACUGUAUCCAUUUUGGCUCGCCCAAAUGGGUGCAGAUAUACGUAAACCACCAAGCAAAUUCCGUAUUCAACGUCCAGGGUCUACUUCUGAUGGGGGAAUGGCUAGUCCUGCCAUAGACGAGGGAAAGAUUGAAAUAAUUUCAGAGGAUCCAUAUGAAGGAACAUCAUAUCAAAACGGGGGCAUAAUACCACGGUCAAAAUUGACUCCAUCUUCAAUUCCCGCUGAAUACCUAGGAAAACGUGUAGCUGUGCCUGUACGUGUCGAACCAAAAGUGUAUUUUGCAAAUGAGAGAACUUUUCUCUCGUGGUUAAAUUUCACAGUAAUUCUUGGUGGUCUUGCAGUUGGUUUACUGAACUUUGGUGACAAAAUUGCACGGAUCGCUGCCGGAAUGUUCACCUGUGUGGCAUUAAUGAUAAUGAUGUACGCUUUAUGGACCUACCAUUGGCGUGCUAGACGAAUUCGCAAUAAGGAACCUGGACCAUAUGAUGAUCGUGUGGGUCCUACGAUACUUUGUGGUGCAUUACUGAUAGCAGUUAUAGUCAAUUUUUGGCUACGGUUUACAGUGGCUGAAUAA